AUGGCUUAUGAUGUAAUUUUCAGCAUCCGGUAUGGGAUUCUUUUUGAGCGGACAGAAGUGCGAUCAUUCAGUCGCAGACAAGAAGGGACAGCUGUAGAGGUGGCGCUGAUUUUCAACAGGACCAGUUCAGAAACAUUGCCCAGCACGGACAAUGUCGCGGAGACCUUGAUAAGAGCAGUGACGGACCCCAAUUCCACGUUGACAACUCAGUUCAAUGUUACUGUGGUGGUUGACUCCAUCCGCGUGCUAACUCCCACAUCUACCACUGGAUCCCCCUUGCCUGCAGCUACCACAACCGUUCCCACUCAAGUUCUAAUUCUUCAAACCACCCUGGAAGUUCCAUUCGUGCCUGCACUGGAAAACAGCCAGUCAACAGAAUAUCAAGUUUUAGCAACAACAGUCGUUGGAUUCUAUGAUGUAAUUUUCAGCAUCCGGUAUGGGAUUCUUUUUGAGCGGACAGAAGUGCGAUCAUUCAGUCGCAGAGAAGAAGGGACAGCUGUAGAGGUGGCGCUGAUUUUCAACAGGACCAGUUCAGAAACAUUGCCCAGCACGGACAAUGUCGCGGAGACCUUGAUAAGAGCAGUGACGGACCCCAAUUCCACGUUGACAACUCAGUUCAAUGUUACUGUGGUGGUUGACUCCAUCCGCGUGCUAACUCCCACAUCUACCACUGGAUCCCCCUUGCCUGCAGCUACCACAACCGUUCCCACUCAAGUUCUAAUUCUUCAGGCCACCCUGGAAGUUCCAUUCGUGCCUGCACUGGAAAACAGCCAGUCAACAGAAUAUCAAGUUUUAGCAACAACAGUCGUUGGAUUCUAUGAUGUCAUUUUCAGAAUCCGGUAUGGGAUUCUUUUUGAGCGGACAGAAGUGCGAUCAUUCAGUCGCAGAGAAGAAGGGACAGCUGUAGAGGUGGCGCUGAUUUUCAACAGGACCAGUUCAGAAACAUUGCCCAGCACGGACAAUGUCGCGGAGACCUUGAUAAGAGCAGUGACGGACCCCAAUUCCACGUUGACAACUCAGUUCAAUGUUACUGUGGUGGUUGACUCCAUCCGCGUGCUAACUCCCACAUCUACCACUGGAUCCCCCUUGCCUGCAGCUACCACAACCGUUCCCACUCAAGUUCUAAUUCUUCAAACCACCCUGGAAGUUCCAUUCGUGCCUGCACUGGAAAACAGCCAGUCAACAGAAUAUCAAGUUUUAGCAACAACAGUCGUUGGAUUCUAUGAUGUCAUUUUCAGAAUCCGGUAUGGGAUUCUUUUUGAGCGGACAGAAGUGCGAUCAUUCAGUCGCAGAGAAGAAGGGACAGCUGUAGAGGUGGCGCUGAUUUUCAACAGGACCAGUUCAGAAACAUUGCCCAGCACGGACAAUGUCGCGGAGACCUUGAUAAGAGCAGUGACGGACCCCAAUUCCACGUUGACAACUCAGUUCAAUGUUACUGUGGUGGUUGACUCCAUCCGCGUGCUAACUCCCACAUCUACCACUGGAUCCCCCUUGCCUGCAGCUACCACAACCGUUCCCACUCAAGUUCUAAUUCUUCAAACCACCCUGGAAGUUCCAUUCGUGCCUGCACUGGAAAACAGCCAGUCAACAGAAUAUCAAGUUUUAGCAACAACAGUCGUUGGAUUCUAUGAUGUCAUUUUCAGCAGCCGGUAUGGGCUUCUUUUUGAGCGGACAGAAGUGCGAUCAUUCAGUCGCAGAGAAGAAGGGACAGCUGUAGAGGUGGCGCUGAUUUUCAACAGGACCAGUUCAGAAACAUUGCCCAGCACGGACAAUGUCGCGGAGACCUUGAUAAGAGCAGUGACGGACCCCAAUUCCACGUUGACAACUCAGUUCAAUGUUACUGUGGUGGUUGACUCCAUCCGCGUGCUAACUCCCACAUCUACCACUGGAUCCCCCUUGCCUGCAGCUACCACAACCGUUCCCACUCAAGUUCUAAUUCUUCAAACCACCCUGGAAGUUCCAUUCGUGCCUGCACUGGAAAACAGCCAGUCAACAGAAUAUCAAGUUUUAGCAACAACAGUCGUUGGAUUCUAUGAUGUCAUUUUCAGCAGCCGGUAUGGGAUUCUUUUUGAGCGGACAGAAGUGCGAUCAUUCAGUCGCAGAGAAGAAGGGACAGCUGUAGAGGUGGCGCUGAUUUUCAACGGGACCAGUUCAGAAACAUUGCCCAGCACGGACGAUGUCGCGGAGACCUUGAUAAGAGCAGUGACGGACCCCGAUUCCACGUUAACAACUCAGUUCAAUGUUACUGUGGUGGUUGACUCCAUCCGCGUGCUAACUCCCACAUCUACCACUCCUGAGGUUCCUGCCACUGGAUCCCCCUUGCCUGCAGCUACCACAACCGUUGCAGCUACCACAACCGUUCCCACUCAAGUUCUAAUUCUUCAGGCCACCCUGGAAGUUCCGUUCGUGCCUGCACUGGAAAACAGCCAGUCAACAGAAUAUCAAGAUUUAGCAACAACAGUCAUUGGAUUCUAUGAUGCCAUUUUCAGCAGCCAAUAUGGGCUUCUUUUUGAGCGGACAGAAGUGCGAUCAUUCAGUCGCAGAGAAGAAGGGACAGCUGUAGAGGUGGCGCUGAUUUUCAACGGGACCAGUUCAGAAACAUUGCCCAGCACGGACGAUGUCGCGAAGACAUUGAUAAGAGCAGUGACGGACCCCGAUUCCACGUUAACAACUCAGUUCAAUGUUACUGUGGUGGUUGACUCCAUCCGCGUGCUAAAUCCCACAACAUCUACCACUUCUGAGGCUCCUUCCAAUGGAUCCACCGUGCCUGCAGCUAACACAAUAGCUCCAGUCACUGCAACUCCCACAGCCUUCACUUCCAUUGCAACAGGCGGAAUCAGCAACUCUGCUGGAAAUGCAACCACUGUUGCUGAUUCCAUCAGUCUGAUAAAUCCCACAACAUCUACCACUUCUGAUGCUCCUGCCACUGGAUCCACUGUUCCUGCAGCUAACACAAUAGCUCCAGUCAUUGCAACUCCCACAGCCUUCACUUCCAUUGCAACAGGCGGAAUCAGCAACUCUGCUGGAAAUGCAACCACUAUUGCUGAUUCCAUCAGUGUGAUAAAUCCCACAAAAUCUACCACUUCUGAGGCUCCUUCCAAUGGAUCCACCGUGCCUGCAGCUAACACAAUAGCUCCAGUCAUUGCAACUCCCACAGCCUUCACUUCCAUUGCAACAGGCGGAAUCAGCAACUCUGCUGGAAAUGCAACCACUAUUCCUGAUUCCAUCAGUGUGAUAAAUCCCACAAAAUCUACCACUUCUGAGGCUCCUUCCAAUGGAUCCACCGUGCCUGCAGCUAACACAAUAGCUCCAGUCACUGCAACUCCCACAGCCUUCACUUCCAUUGCAACAGGCGGAAUCAGCAACUCUGCUGGAAAUGCAACCACUAUUGCUGAUUCCAUCAGUGUGAUAAAUCCCACAAAAUCUACCACUUCUGAGGCUCCUUCCAAUGGAUCCACCGUGCCUGCAGCUAACACAAUAGCUCCAGUCAUUGCAACUCCCACAGCCUUCACUUCCAUUGCAACAGGCGGAAUCAGCAACUCUGCUGGAAAUGCAACCACUAUUGCUGAUUCCAUCAGUGUGAUAAAUCCCACAACAUCUACCACUUCUGAUGCUCCUGCCACUGGAUCCACUGUGCCUGCAGCUAACACAAUAGCUCCAGUCAUUGCAACUCCCACAGCCUUCACUUCCAUUGCAACAGGCGGAAUCAGCAACUCUGCUGGAAAUGCAACCACUAUUGCUGAUUCCAUCAGUGUGAUAAAUCCCACAACAUCUACCACUUCAAAGGCUCCUGCCACUGGAUCCACCGUGCCUGCAGCUACCACAACCACUACUCUCACUAGAACUACCACACACUUCACUACCACUAAAACAAGCAGAGGUAGUAACUCUGCUGUGAACACCACCACCAUUACAGCUACAAAUCGUCCUGCUCCCAUUUCAGUUUUAGUUCUGGAAGUGACCCUGGUAUUUCCAUUCGAGCCUGCACUGGAAGACAACCAGUCACCCCAAUUUAAGGCUUUAGCAGCACAAAUUGUUGCUUUGUUUGAUGCAGUUUACAGAGGAAGAUAUGGGCUUUUUUUCAUCAGAACUGUUGUCAGAGCAUUCAGGCCUCUUCGGGUCAGGAUGUUAGGAACAGAUGUGGAGGCAGACCUGAUUUUCAACACCACCAUGCCUGAAGCACUACCCAGCACUGAGGAUGUGAAGAAAACCUUGCAAAGUGCAGUGACCAACCCAAAUUCAACUAUAACGAGUGAAUUCAAUAUUACUGUAGUUGCCGAGUCCAUACAAGUGAUGAGUGUGAACACGUCUACAACACCCUCAACAAAACUGACAACAGCGAGUGUGGCCAAUGCUUCUACAACAACCAAAGUAAAACUGACAACAGCAAAAGCCACCACCAGAGCAACCACCACACCGUCCAGCGCCAAACCUGCGACUGCAGCACCCACCUCAGCCAGCACUGCUACCCCAAGUGCAAUUGUCCAGAUAGAGUUUACUUCAAGAGAAACAUUUGUGCCUGAUCUCUUAAAUCAAAAUUCAAAAGCUUUUCAAGCCAGAUCAAAACUCACCAAAGAACAGAUUGAACCGAUUUUCAGACGUGCAUUCAGUUCCUUCAUCCAAUUGAAUAUACGAAGUUUCAGGGAAGGAUCAAUUGUCACAAAUGCAGAUAUGACCUUCAAAUCUUCAGAAUCACUACCCAGCAAUGACCAAAUUCUCAGCACCCUCAGAAAUGCCAUCUUGAAUUCACAAAUCUCUUUUGACAUUGAUCCCGACUCCAUUAAACUGACAUCUGCGAUCUCCAGUGGAGUCUCCGAUAUGACCAGCGUGCUCACAGCCUCCUCUCUGGCCAUGGUGUCACUGCUGCUCUCCCACUGUUGGUAGACUCAACUGCAGACUACUCGCUGAGACGCUGCCAUUGGAAAAUAGACAUUAAAUGGAUAUAUGUACUGUAGUACAAUACCAUGCAAAUAGAUCAUAAAAAUGGGGUCAUGAUGCAUACACAUCAUUUUGAUCAAAAUUGUAUUGAUUAUACACAAAUAUACAAGGGGGUUUACCUGGUUUGUUAGAAAAAUAAUUAUUAAUAUUGCUAUUUUGUUGAUUUUACUGUUACUUGUAAUGUGAUAAUUACAUCCUGUGUAGUAUGUAUUCCAAUCAUCCACCCUUGCAGAAAAGUAUGAUUACACGCACACAUAGAUAAAUGCACAUGCACACAUACAACCUACACACAGACACAUGCGCACACACACAAACACAUACAAACACACACGCAUGCACACACAAACACACAUACUUGAUACUGUUCUGUUGUUUUUUUGUUGUUUUGUUUUUUUAAUUAAAUAAAAGAAAUCAGAGCUGAAUCAAAUAUAUGCUCCUCCCAAAAUUUCUAAAGAUGCUACAUAAUUAAAGAGGAAGGAGGAGGGAAACGAAUGCUUGCUUAUACAAUCUAAAUAAAAUACAAUGAAAUAA